CUACACCUUUAACAAAUUACAUUCAAUUCUAUAAUAAAAAUAUGGCUCAACAAGCUAAGCAAGCAGCACAAAAAUUAGGAGGCAUGAUGCCCAACGGUAAAGGCGUUGCAGGUGGUCUUGGUGCCCUUGCUGUUAUCGGUGCUUUGGGUUAUGGUGUUAAUGCGUCACUUUUCAACGUUGAUGGUGGUCAUAGAGCUAUCAAGUAUACUCGUCUUUUCGGUGUACAAGAUAAAGUAUAUAACGAAGGUACUCAUUUCAUGAUCCCAUGGUUUGAGACCCCCGUCAUUUACGAUGUUCGUGCAAAGCCUCGUAACGUCGGUUCCUUGACUGGUACAAAAGAUUUGCAAAUGGUCAAUAUCACUUGUCGUGUACUUUCAAAACCUCGCAUUGAUCAACUUGCUACUGUCUACCGUACACUCGGCCAAGACUAUGAUGAACGUGUACUUCCUUCCGUUGUGAAUGAAGUGCUCAAAUCAGUAGUUGCUCAAUUCACCGCCUCGCAACUUAUUACACAGCGUGAACGUGUCUCUCGUCUUGUUCGCGAGAACUUAGUUCGUCGUGCUUUGCGUUUCAAUAUUAUUUUGGAUGAUGUUUCUAUUACUCACGUCGGUUUCUCGCCUGUUUUCGAAAGUGCUGUUGAAGCUAAGCAAAUUGCUCAACAAGAUGCUCAACGUGCAGCCUUCAUUGUUGAUAGAGCUCGUCAAGAAAAGCAAUCCAUCAUUGUUCGCGCUCAAGGUGAAGCAAAGUCUGCUGAAUUGAUUGGUGAAGCUAUUGAAAAUAAGCCUGGUUUCUUGGAAUUGAAGAGAAUUGAAGCUGCUCGUGAAAUUGCUGGUGUUAUCUCAAGAUCUGGCAAUAAGGUCAUGCUUGACUCUGAUACUUUAUUACUCAAUGUCAAUACUAAAAGCAAUAGCAGCAGCAGUGACAAGAAUUAAGUAAUUUGACAACUGUGUAUAACCUUUGUAACAACAAUAUGUCUAUAAUUUAAUCCGCCUAUCUUUCUUUUCCUCCCCUUUCUACGUAAUCAGAGAAGAAACACAUCAUGAUUCUGUAUACUAGAAGGUUUCUAUUAUAUAUAUCUUUGAAAGCAAUUGAUGACUCUUGCUUGCAUCAAACUUUGGCAAUAAAAAUAAUAAAUCUAGAAGCAACAUACGAAUCCUUUUGAAAAAUUAAAGCAAAA